AUGUGCGUUUACGAGUGUAUGUUCACCGAGUUUGGGAUGAACUUCCCUCUGUCUCCUCUAUUUUUGCAAUUUGCGGCUGAUCGUGGCGUUCCUACGAGUCAACUGACCCACGGCGUGGUUCGCCACAUUGUUUUUACCGAGGCCCUGGCUAGAGCCGCCGGAGUUGUAUUCGACCGUCUCUUAUUUGAGCACGUUACUGAUCUCCGGGCUUCGUCGCGAGAGGGAAACUUCAAGCGGUUUCAUACCACGAUGAAGUAUGAUAUUGUUUUCGGGGAUUACCGAAACAAGAUUCAUUGGUGGAAGAAAUAUUUCUUCUUUGUGAAGAUAAACCGAGCCUCAGUCGGGAAGAUCAAAGCUGAUCAGAUUAGGACAGAAUGGGUUAAAUCACCGGGACCGUCCAGGCGAGCGAGACCGAACGGCGAACUCAAGGAGAAGUUUAGGCUGCUGAAGGAGCUUCAGCCAUCGAUUGUGGCCUGA